ACACUCAUUGUAUAAACAGUCGUGCUAGAGGAUGGUCUUGCCAAACUGUGUGUAAUACAAAACAGUGAUUUAUGAGGAUUGAAUGUUAUUUAAUAAAUGAUAUAGAUAUUUGUUUACUUCAAAGAGAAGUCGCGAUAUACCAAAUCCGCCCUGGACAGCUAUGAUUUUAAUGUUUGGCCCGGCGGGUACAAAUAACAUACCAUAGAGCUUGGUCGGACACCGAUAUAAUGGCACGAUGGCCGAUUUUAGACGUCCGACCAGGCUCUAUUAAAAUAAUAGUAUUGCAAGGCAGGAUGUUUAGACUGUUCACGGCAUUAGUCUUAAUUUAUUCUUUCGGUUGUGACGAGAGAAUAUACUAUGAGCAUAACAACAUGACAUGCGCAAUGUGUCGUCCGGGGUCACAUUGGGUUGGUCAUUGCUUGACAAGUGGGGCGUCCGCUGAUUGCGUCCCCUGUCCACACGACCAGUACAAUCCUGCCUUCAACAGAGCAAUUUACUGUAAACAAUGUAGGACAAGUUGUUGGAACCAGAAUCAUGAGCAUGAGAGUGUUCAAAGAGAAGAAAUUGUACAAGCCUGUACAGGAAUCUCAGACUUAAAAUGCCAAUGCAAAGAAGGGUACUGGAGGGAGAAGGGGACCAAUAACAUUUGUCAGCGUGUGUUGACGUGUGGUCAAGGACAGGGUGUUAAAACCAAAGCUACCCCAAACAGUGACACAGUUUGUGAGGAUUGUGUUAAUGGAGAAACGUUUUCAAAUGUUUCAUCAACAACAGAACAGUGCCUUCCAUGCUCUACAUGCGGCACGGAUGAGAUCCUUCAUCGAUCUUGCACCGCAACUGAGGACACUAUAUGUGCUGUCCGGACUACAACUGGUCGCAAGGAGCUGGUUAUUGGUCUGGUAAUAGGAAUCUCUUCUCUGGUCCUGGUGUUUGUAGCAAUUGGUGUUGGGCUUUAUGUCUUCUGUUACUGUCGAAGUGCUAAAACUGAUUCAGAUUCAAUUACGAAAGCAAAUCAAGAUGAUCUUCAAUUCAAUGUCUCUACGCACGAAGUCGUCAAUGGAACUAAAAACCGAGCUUUUCAAGGACAAAGACCUCAGGCAAAUGAGAUGUCUACACACGUUUUUAUCGAUGAAACAAAAGCAAAUGACACUGCUAUUCGUGAGCAGUCGGUUAAAGCUAUGGUAAGUAACGCCUGCAAUAGAGGUAAUGCCAGUGGAUCUGCUUCAGAGGCAAAUGGAGCCUCUGUCAACGAUAAUGUUUCGCACACCGUUAAUGCUCACGACAAUGAGAACGAUACUGAAGCGGCUAUCGUUGUAAAUGGGCCAAAAUAUGUUGAUAAUGCAUACAUAGGCAAGAGAAAGGCUGCACGUGUGAUCCCUGAUGGAAAGAGAGCUGGUUCUAAAACCAAACUAUCCGAUGCUUCCGACCCAUAUCUUUUUUUGCAGAAAGUCUAUUGCGAAUUGUCUGAAAAGAUGGAUGGCAAUUUCAGGAUGUUCUUUCGUAAAAAUGGAAUAAGUGACUUUACUAUAUCAACUAUUGAGGAGGAAGAGAAGCGAGUGAGUGAGCAGUGCUACAAACUUUUUCGUGCUUGGGAACAUCAUAUCAAUGUACGUGAAGUACCAGCCAUGAAAAUCCCAUUGGAACGUAUCAGAAAGUUGACGUCAAUGUUUCGGGAAGACACUGCCAUGAAAUGUUCAGUUACAUGCCUGGAUAUAUUAGAACGUUAUGAAAACAAAUGGUCUCGAAAAUGCAGACAUACAAAUACGCGCACAUAGAAACGUAUUAUUUAUUAUUCUGUUUCAGAUACAUAUAUUAUAUAUUAUGUUUGUUGCUUGUUACAUUUUAAAAGAAACAAAUACGUUUCAUUGUGUAUUUUUGAUUUUGUUAUAGUUUUGUCAUGAAAUUUAAAUUUAUGUGUUAGGUCAUUGUUUUAUAUAAUGUUCUGGUAACGACCAGUUGACGUGUCUAAUCCAAUUUUCUAAGGUUUAUAAUAAACUUGGUCAAGUCGAGUGCUCAACUGGUCAUAAACAGUGAUAUUUGUUAUAUAAACAGUGAUAUUUGUUUGUGAAAGUUUUUACAGAAAUAAGUUGGUUUUUGAAAUCAAAAUACUAUGUACUGUGAUCUAAAAUUGCUAUGCUAGAACGCCGUUGCGAGUAUAUAUGCUUCGAGGAUCACUGCUAGCAAUAUUCCAUGUGUCUACUUGUGCUCUUGUUCCAUUUUGUACUUUAUUAUAUCUUAGUGUUUAUGAACAUCAUGUCAGGACAUGUAAAAUGCUAACGAUAUUCAGUUCUAUAUUGUGUUUUGUCUUUAAACUGUAUUAACGUAAAUCGUUGAACAAAACAUCAUCUUAAA